AUGUCGCAUCGUCGUGCCGAUAGCCAGGAAACUCUAGUUCUUGGGGAACGUCGCGAUCGCAGCCCUCCACGGCCCCCCUCUAUGGAGGAACACUUGUGUGCACGAAGCCCGGCUAUCGCCCUGAAGGCCGAGUGCAGGCUCGUAUGGACCCGAAUGCGAUGCGAAAACGAGUUGCAUGGCAUCGACACCGUACCAUUUUCGACCUUCUUUGUGGAGUACAUGAACAUGUUCGCCAGUGGGAAGCAGAUGCAGGGAUCGAGGAUUAGCAGAAGCCGUUCUAGACUUCGAGGGGGUAACGAAUCUCGCCGCCGACUAGAUGCUGUUCCGGCCCUUCCUCAUUCCAAUGGUGAUGCUAGCUCGGCAUUGGGAUCGCUGCUCGCCCAGGAAGCGACAGACGGCAGCACCACUUCUUUAUCGGGGGUGUCUUCCUUGUCUGCCCGCUGA